UAAAUUUAGAGUCUAAACAAAAAUCCAUCCUGUACGUUCCGGUAUGCGAUUUUCGAUCGCAACAAAAUGGCACUGAAUCAAGCAUUUGCCAAUAAAGUUAGCUCCAUUUAGCCUAUUUUUAAACAGUCUGCACGGAUCAAGUAUCGGCUUUGGUCUUACCUAACGAACCGCACGAUUUUCUCGUCGAAAUGUCCGAAAUCAAGGAAUUCGAGAGCAUCGACGGGGCCCUCAGGCAGCUGCCCAAAGACGACUACGACAGGGUGCGGAAAAUCCUCUACGGCAACGAAACCCACGACAUAGAAGUAUGCGAGGAAUCGAAGGAGCUGGCCUCGAAGUACAACAUCGAGCUGAUAACGUGCGGCUUCAACUGCAGGGACGAGCAGCUCAGGAGCCCGAAGGUGGUGCGCGUGGGGCUCUUCCAGCACAAGCUGGUGCCCUUCCCGACCUCCACGCCCAUCCAGGAGAUGAAGUACGCGCUCUUCAAGUUCGCCAACAAGGCCGUGCGCAUAGCGGCCCGCGGCGGCGUCAACAUCUUCUGCUUCCCGGAGCUCUGGAAUAUGCCGUACGCUUUCUGCACGCGCGAGAAGACCCCUUGGUGCGAAUACGCCGAAAGCGCCCAAUUCGGACCCACCACCAAGAUGUUGCAAGAGUUAGCUCAAAUUCACAAUAUGGUGAUCAUAUCGCCGAUACUGGAGCGCGACGAGGUCCACAACGAUUCCAUUUGGAACACCGCGGUCGUGAUAGACAAUCACGGGGAUUAUUUGGGCAAGCAGCGGAAGAAUCACAUUCCUAAAGCGGGGGAUGUCAACGAAGCCAUCUAUUGUUCGGAAGGCAACUCCGGGCAUCCCGUCUUCGAGGUAACUCCCACGCUCGGCUACUCCCUAAAUUUUAUUCGAAACAAUUUACAGACGGAGUACGGCAAACUGGGCAUCUGCUACAGCCGCCACCACCCGCUGAACUCGCUGGUUUUCGGGCUGAACGGCGCCGAGAUCGUGUUCAAUCCCGCCGCAGCGGGCGGAGCCGCCAACGAGCCGCUGUGGUCGAUCGAAUCCCGGGGAGCCGCCAUUGCUAACGGUUACUUCGCGUGCGCCGUGAACAGAGUCGGAACCGAAAUAUUCGAGAACGAUUUCACGUCGGGCGACGGGAAAUCCCCGCACAGGGACAGCGAGUAUUAUUUCGGUUCCAGCUAUGUCACCGCGCCUAAUGGAACUCGAUCGCCUGGGCUUUCCCGGACUAAAAACGGCCUCCUGAUCGCUGAAAUGGACUUGAAUCUCUGCAGGCAGGUGAAAGAUCAAUGGGGAUUUCAGAUGUCACACAGGCUGGAUUUAUACGCUGAAUUGCUAUCCAGAGCGACGAGAUCCGAUUUCACGCCGCAGAUUGUAAGAAAAGCCUGUAAACAACUCAACUGAAUAAAUACAAG